AUGAUCAGGCUCUGGCUUUUGUUGCUCACAUUUGUGGGCUAUGUCCAUGCCUACUUUUCGACUCCCAAUAUGGAACAAACAUUGCCUUUCAAGAGUGCUAUAGCCACAGCGCAACGCAACCACUCCAUGAUCCUUUUUGGUGGCGAGAACGCGACAGCACCGUAUACCAACGACCUUUAUGAGCUCGAGGCGACUAGUACAGGAUUCGAAUGGAGAGUACUACCACAAAACAAUCCACCACCACCCACCUCUUAUGCGCGUGCAGUAUACAUGGAAAGCAUGGAUGCCAUGGUGGUGCUUGGAGGCAUCACCAAUGCUACCAAUAACUUGAUGGUGCCUAUGCAGGUGUACACCUACUUUUUCGCCAAUCAGACAUGGGUUCCUGCAGCAUCCAAUAAUGAAAUCAAUGGCACCAUUGUUCCCAACAAUCGCAGAGAUUUUGCAGUGGCAGCUGAUCAACAAAACAACCAUAUCUAUAUUUAUAGUGGCGGUGUUAAUACGACAACCAUCAACAAUGACUUGUGGAUUCUUGAUACAACCACCAUGUCAUUCACACAGCUACCCCCAACAGAUGUCGCUCAUACUGGCCAUUCGAUUUCUUUGUUAAGCAACAAUGCUCUAGUAGUGACAGGUGGUGUACGUAUCAACUCGGAUUUGACGAGCGAUUUGGCGCCAAUGGAUCAAUUGUACGUUUUCAAUACUCAAUCCAGGACAUGGAGCAUUGCUACAACUUCUGGAGCCGUCCCAUCCACACGAUCUAACCACAAUGCCGUCGUUGAUGCCAAUGAUCGAAUCAUCGUAUUUGGUGGCGACAAUAGUGGCCCCAUGAGAGGGAGGGCGUACAUCAAUGGCGUUGCAGUCUUGAAUACCGAUUUUACCUGGACAACGCCUUCAAACCAGGGAAUCCCUCCAUCGCGUCGAUCGCAUGCCUCUGCUGCUAUAUUAGAUGGUGCUCAUUUGACGGUUGCUUUUGGAGCAUCGCUCAAUACCUGGUACAACGAUAUCAAUGUGCUCGCUCUGGAUGGUAUCACGGAAGGCUUUUCAAGUUGGCUUCAGAGUUACACAGCCGACGAUUCGGAUUCAAGUUCGGCUUGGUCACCCGGGGCUAUUGCUGGUGUUACCAUUGGCUUAGUUGUUGUGGUGAUCAUUCUCAUCGUGUUGCUAUGGAAAUUCCAACGUUAUGUGAGAUGGUUGGUGAUGCGUAUUCAUCAUGACAUUUGGCGUCCAAGAACGGGUGAACCACUUUGGGCUGAAACGACAAGGAUCAUCUGCCAAGUCUUCCUUUUGUUCCUUUUUGUAUUGUGUCUUGUGUUCAUCAUCCGACAAGCUAUCUCAAGCCCACAUGUCACCCAGCGUAUCAUUGAACCCGCUGCACAGGUCGAUGUACCAGAUUUACGCUUUUGUUUUGAUGGCUUCCCAGAAUAUGAAUCACCCUUCGACAUGCGUAAGAUUGGUCUUAAUUGCCAAACGGAAACUGGCACACCCUGUGCAAGCUAUAUACAGCCAUUGGAUCCAGCUAUUUUCACACCUGUCUUUGCUAAUUCACUUGGUCCGAUCACGUGCUUUCUUUUCCGUACCCCACCUGAUUUCAAGCUUACAUCAACCUCUGGCAACAAUGAUGGCGCACGUUUAUUAUUCACAAUGUUUGGUGAUCAAAGCGUUGCAUCGUAUGCUCGUGUCCAUGUUUCAGCGUAUCCCAAAUCGAUGGAUCCUAACGUACGAGUGUAUGGCAUCAAUGACACAGUUGAUGUGUUGCUAUCCGAAGAGGAAGUCUCAAAUUGGUUGAACAAUGAACGCAAUGACAUGCAAGCAACCAAUGUAUACUCUUUGCUCCCACUUUCAUAUAGCAUCAUGAGCUAUGAUUUGAUCGAUCAUCGUUAUCUCCAAGAUUAUGGAUGGAACUACGUUGGCUUUUCACCUAUCACGAAUUCGUCAAUGGAGAUCGAGACCAACUUUCGACAAGAAGCACAAAACCCCAACUACAUGCAAACGCACCAGGACAUUGGUCUUUUUGUUGUUUAUCCCGAGACAUUCGCAAACCUCAUAGAUCGCGAAGUCAAGGUGUAUACGUUAAUGAAUGCUCUUGGUUUUGUUGGUGGCAUCUUUGGUCUUUUGUUGACAGUACAAGUUUGGCUUUUCGGGUACAGACCUCGAUCACCAUGGGGCAUUGUGCAACGAUGGUCAUUUGGUGACAUGAAACGAUCCCUUUUGCGAGGUUUAAGCACCAGCUUUAGAACAACAGAAUCAUCGGGUAUCCCAUUUAUUCAUCCUGUACAUCGCCGAUUCAGUAUGCUGUACAACAACAAUCGCCCAGGUGAAUUGCCAACCGAAUCAAAUGGCGAACGUGUUGCUCGUGUCGAAGAACGUAUGCAGGUGCUAGAGUUACUUUUCAAGUCGUAUUAUGUGGAUGAUGAGAUCUUCAGGUCCCUGGAUUAUGCCACUAAACGUGACCUGGCAAAUGUUCAUGGGGCAAACGAUCGUUUGGUGGCGGGUAGUAGCCCUAUUUCUCCUGAAAAACCACAGCUCACCUUGGAUCAUCAUCGUCAACAUGAGGAAGAUCAGCAACCAGUCGACGCCACUGGUUUUUCACAUUUAUUCAGAAACACAACACCAGCCGGUGAAAGUAGCACCACGCUUGAUGAUGAUCAGGAGUCGUCGACACACCAACUUCGUAACAAUGGCAACACCACUCCCCAUGACAACCAUUGA